AUGGCGACUUUUAAAGAAACCCGAGAAGUUUUGCUUGCUAGCUAUGCCUGUGGUAUCAUUACGGAUGAGGAAUUUUCUUUACUUUUCGAAGAAAACAGUUCAAGCAACUUAGAUUUCCCUUACGACAACUACCCGCCGUUCAAUCUGGAGAGCCAAAGUGAAGCUGAGUGUAGGGCGAACUUCAGGGUUGAAAAGCACCACAUUCCUCUGGUAGAAGAUGUUCUUCAAAUUCCGCAAUUCUUCGUAUGCGACCAGGGAACGGUUUGCGAAGGAACAGAAGGGCUUUGUAUGCUUUUAAAGCGAUAUGCCUUUCCUUGUCGGUACUCCGACAUGAUACCUAUUUUUGGACGACCGGUUCCAGAACUUUGUAUGAUAAGCAACACC